CCUCGAUUGUACCUGGUGGAUUACCUUGACCUGGAUGGCAGAGAAUUUACAUGCGCAUACAGAAAGAACACAAUUUUCACAAGCACGUUGGUAAUAUUUUACUGACUGUGACAGUAAAAUUAAAAAAAAAAAAAUUAUGCCAUUAGACAAUUUUUGCAAAUUCUGCACUUUUUCCUCAUGAGAUUCCCAGUUUCUAUUCAUAAAUGUUGACAUUUAUCAUCUGGCAAUUAGCUUUUUUUUUUUUUUUUUUUGGAUCAUAAUUUCUUCACUGUAAUCUCAUGACGCUUUCCCCCUUUUUUUUCUCGUCAAGAUCGAUGCCUUUCUCGUGAUAUUUCUUCCAAUAAGCUCUUGACGUUAUUCUCAGAAGAUGGCAACUCUUUCUCGGAAAAUUAAAACGUAUUUCUCGUGUCAUUCGGAUUUGAAUCUUCUCAAAUGAUCAUAUGAUUCAGCUGUCAAAAUUCUAAAUUCAUUCCUGUGAAAUGACAAGUUUGUCCACUAAAAUUAAAACUUGAAUCCUGUAAAGUAUUUUUUAUUUUUAUUUUUUGUUGUUGUUGUUGUUUUUUUUUCUUUUUUUUUGGUAAACUUACAUCUCUAUUCAUGGAAUUUGUUGACUUCAUUCUCGUAGUAUUUCUUUUCAUUGUGUUCCCCAACGCACACCAACUAAUCCCUUUGACAUGUCAUUUUAAACCAUUUAUUGCCACUGAUGAGCUGUCUCUUGAUGAUAAUCAAUAAUCCAUUUUGCUCUCCUCCCUUUUGCACUUAGCCCGGCCUGCUGUGCAUUUAUGACCUGAAAUGUAUCGCGUGUGCAUUAUGUAUUGUAUCUUUUAACACCGCUAAUGAUAUAAAGACACAUUUAUCUCCUCGGGACGAGUUGUGUGUUGGAUUUCCUGUUUGUGGAGAAAAUGACGAGGUCCGUUGCAUGCGUACUUGUCGCGCGUGUACUUGCAAUGAUCAUUUAUUUGAUACACUUGCCACGUGUGCGUUGUGUGCGUGAGGGGCAAUAAAUCUUUUACAAUUUAACUCAUGCCUCAGCGCGCACGUGUUGAAUGUGGAGUUUGAUCUUCUGCUGCGCGAAACGAGCUCGCGGGCGCUCAUUCAACUCAUCCUCGGUGAAUUCCUGCUCGCGCUUGGUUGUCUCUGGCAACCCGCAGAGAGAUGACCUUAGAUCUUGCAGUCACUCAGCAAGGGAGCACCAUGUCUAUGACACCGUCUCCAGGCGGAGGAGGUGCUGCCUUUGUUGCCGUGGACGUAGUGGUACUGGUGCUCUAUUUUGUCUUGGUUCUGGCUGUGGGCUUUUGGUCAAUGUGGAAGACGAAGCGCAGCACAGUGGAUGGUUACUUCCUGGCAGGGAAGAGCAUGACUUGGUGGCCGGUGGUUUGGCUGCAGUCAUCUACACCGACGCUGCUCAAACGGUUAUCAUGCUAGGGGGAGCGCUCAUCCUCAUGGGCUUUAGUUUUGCAAAGGUGGGAGGCUGGAAUGCUCUGAUGGAGGGCUACUUCGAUGCCAUCCCGUCGGUUCGCAUGCCGAACACGACGUGCGGUAUCCCCCGAGAAGAUUCCUUCCACCUCUUCAGGGACCCGGUGGACUCUGACCUCCCAUGGCCUGGCGUCUUCAUCGGCAUGUCACUUCCUUCCAUGUGGUACUGGUGUUCUGAUCAGGUGAUCGUGCAGCGUUCACUGGCUGCUAAAACGCUGAGCCAUGCAAAAGGUGGCUCCCUGCUGGCUGCUUACCUCAAGGUUGUGCCGUUCUUUGCCAUCAUGUUGCCAGGCAUGAUCAGCAGGAUACUUUUCACAGAUGAUGUAGCGUGUGCCGAUCCAGACUUGUGCAAGCAGAUCUGCGGCAACCCAGUAGGAUGUACAGACACCGCUUAUGCCAGACUGGUCAUGGAGCUUCUGCCUGCAGGACUCCGAGGAUUGAUGACGGCUGUGAUGAUUGCUGCGCUGGUCUCCUCCCUCACAUCCGUCUUUAACAGCGCGAGCACCAUUUUCACCAUCGACCUGUGGAAGACGUUCCGAUCCGGGGCGUCCGAGUGGGAGCUUAUGAUCGUGGGGAGGGUGUUUGUGCUCAUACUGGUGGUGGCAUCCAUUUUGUGGAUUCCCGUCAUUCAAGCCAGUCAAGGUGGGCAGCUGUUUAUCUACAUCCAGUCCAUCAGCACCUACCUGCAGCCCCCCGUGUCCAUCAUCUUCCUAUUGGGUUGCUUCUGGACCAGGACUAAUGAGAAGGGUGCAUUCUGGGGCGUGGCCGUGGGUCUGACGAUAGGCUGCAUCCGGAUGCUGCUGGACUUCAUCUACCCGGCCCCGCUGUGCUUUGAGCCAGACGACAGGCCCGCCGUGGUCAAAUCGGUGCAUUACCUCUACUUCUCCAUGAUGCUGUCCUUCAUCACGCUCGCCGUGGUCGUGCUGGUCAGUCUGGCCACCGACAAGCCCAAAGCCGAGCAGAUUGAUCGUCUGACUUGGUUUACAAGAAUGAGUCCCGUGGAAGCCAAAGAGCAGCCCCGGGAGGAGGUUACGGGUCACGAAAGGGCUGAGAUGGUGGUUACAGGAAAAGAAGGAGACAACAGCACAAGAAAAGAUUCGUCAGGCUCGGACUCCGGCGUGAGACGACAGUCCCGGCUGGUGUUUGCUCUCUACUGGCUCUGUGGGUUGAAUCCACAGAAAAAGGAGUCAAAGAAAAGUCCCGUGACGCCCGCGGCCCCUGACCUCAGUCAACUGAAAGAAAAUCCACGUCUGAAACAGGUGCUCAACGCCAACCUCAUCAUUUGCCUCUCUGUGGCUAUGUUCAUCAUCGGCUACUGGGCUUGAGAGGCUGCCUCGCUCUUCUCAGAGGACGUCUCACCGAGCCUACAAGGUUGUGUACACUUUAUUUUACGCCUUUCAAAUCAACGAAACAGUCAGAUGCAUAGUUCCAUAUUGCCAUGUUUUACUUCUUAAGAGUUUAAAAAAAAACUUCAAUGUGUUGACAUAUUAAGGUAUUUUUUUUACUGUCAAUUGUGUACAUUAGCCAUUUUCCCACCUUAAACAAAAUAAAAUAAAAAAAACUGUUUUUAAUCAUGAGCUAUUUGGCAUUUCAUGUUGAAAA